AUUUCGAAAAUCACACACCAAAAACAUUAAAAAAUGGGAGAAGUUCCAAUUCUUCACAUGAACAAAGGAGAAGGAGAAGCUAGCUACGCCAACAACAGUACCUGCCAAAUGCAAAUAAUAUCACACGGCAAGACAGUGAUGGAGAAGGCAGUGUUCAGAGCGAUCGAAAACAGUCUCCCAAAGAGUAUGGGGAUAGCCGAUCUCGGGUGCUCCUCCGGGCCCAACACUUUGAUGGCGGUUUCCGAGAUAAUCGACAAUGUCCGCAAAACGUGUCGCGAGAUCGGCCUCCCCAUGCCCGAGCUGAGGGUGGUGCUGAACGAUCUCCCCGGCAACGACUUCAACUACGUGUUCAUGUCGUUGCCUGAGUUCAACGCCAGCCUCAGCAAGAACAAGGGCGUCGGUUCCGACCGCUGCUUCAUAUCCGCCAUGGCGGGCUCCUUCUACGGCAGACUUUUUCCCAAAAAUUCUUUGCAUUUUGUUCACUCCUCAUCCAGCCUUCAUUGGCUCUCUCAGGUACCAUCGGGUCUGGAAAAGUCGGGAAAGCAUCUCAACAAAGGAAAGAUUUACAUAUCCAAAACGAGCCCGGAAUUCGUGAUGAAAGCAUACCUACGGCAGUUUAAGAGAGACAUGUUAAUAUUUUUGAGGUCACGGGCGGCGGAGGUGGUGGCCGGAGGGUCGAUGGUGCUGUCAUUUAUGGGCCGCACAUCGCCGGAUGCCUCCGCAGAAGUGGGCAGCCAUCAGUGGGAGCUUCUGGCCCAUGCAUUAAUGGCCAUGGCCCAAGAGGGUGUCGUGGAAGAAGAGAAAAUCGACUCGCUGAAUGCUCCAUAUUACGCACCAUCAGCUGAGGAAAUGAGAAAUGUGAUAGAAGAAGAAGGUUCGUUUGUGGUGAAUCAGAUCUCAGCUUUGGAGAUUGGUUGGGAUGGAGGUUUGGUGUUGGACAAUAUUAACAACAAUAUUGGUUUGGAUGAAAUUGAUGAAUCCUCAAAGGCCCUAAAAGUUACCAAGAUUAUUAGGGCAGUGGUGGAGCCAAUGAUGGAGUCCCAUUUUGGGGCACAAGUUAUGGAUGAUUUGUUUACUAGAUAUCAUGGUCUUCUCCAAGAUUAUUUCUCCAAAGCCAUAGCUAAACACAUUAAUCUUGUGGUUUCUCUCACAAGAAAGUUUUAGUCGAAUAAGAAAACAAUACCCGAGUAUUUUUUUAGAAAAUAUUUGUGGUAUAACUUAGAGAUAUUGUAUUUUCCAUGUCAUAAUUCAGCCCAAAAAAAAAAGACAUGUUGAAUAAUAUGACUGACUUCAUGAUGUUGAAUAUCAUGGGAUGGAUUGGUUGGGUGAUU